GCGGAACCAUAGGCUUUCAGCCGGAAAUACCGUCCGGAGUAAGUUCAUCCCGAGCUUCCUGUCCCGAUUAAAUCCACUUGUUGAGUAGGAGCAAGGAGGCGACUCAUUAAAAACUCAAAAACCAUGUUUUCCGCCGGCUGAAGGAGCAGCGGAGCCCGCGGAGCCGCCACCCCGGGGAGGAGCAGCAUGUUCGGGCUGAGGGAAGCCGGCGUGGUCGGCGCCUCCGCCGCCCUGGCCGGAGCUGUCGCUUAUCUGAUCUGGAACUACGUGUCUUCCCCCGGCCAGAACAAGCCAGACACACGACACACGGCAGACCGAGACAGAAAUAGCAGUGGAAUAAAGGAGAGGAUCAGCGAGGAAGUUGUGAGCGCCCUUGAGCAGAAACCAGCAGGGGCCAGCCCCGUAGAGGCAGCGGGGACCCAGAUUCUGGUUCUGGGCCUGGAUGGAGCCGGUAAGACGAGCCUGCUGCACUGUUUCUCCAUCGGCAACCCGGAGCAGGACAUGCAGCCGACGCAGGGCUUCAACGCCGUCUCCAUCAGCAAAGACAAUCUGCACAUCGAGUUUCUAGAGAUCGGAGGUAAAGAGGAUCUGCGGGCGUACUGGCAGAGAUACAUGUCCAAAGCUCUGCUGCUGGUUUUCGUGGUGGACUCGGCCGACCCGGAGCGCUUUCCAGUCGCCAAGAAACAUUUACACGAGGUGCUGGCCUCUCGGCCCAGCCUUCCUCUGAUGGUACUGGCCAACAAACAGGAUCUUCCAGGUUCCUGCGGCAUCACCGACCUCCACGAGGCUCUGUCUCUGUCCGAGGUCGGCCACCGCCGCCUGUUCCUCAUCGGCACCUACGUGAGGAAGGGCGACGCGGAGCUGUGCUCGGGCGUUCAGGACGCGCACGACAUGAUCGUCCAGAUGGUUUGUGACGGCAGAUGAAAGGCGGCGUCGGCGCUCAAUCAAACAUCAUCAUUUCUUUUCACUGUCCACUUUCGUUGUGGUUAGCUGAUUCUAUCUCAGUUGGUAUUCAGGGUAGAGAAACGUGUCAAAUCUGUUUCAGAGUCAUUGUUAGAAGUAGCAUCAGUCUUCUGCAUCAGCUUGUUUUAGUUAAAUAUUUUUCAGGCUAAAACUUAGUUCAGCAACUCAACAAAUCUUUUGAUCGCAGCAGGUGAUGGAGCUACAACUUUUAGUGCUGCAGUUCACGUUCAGUAUGCUGAUUUAAGACUUAAAGCAGUAUUGGCUAAAGUAAAGUAAUAGAUGGACAAACUGAAUCCUUGAUAUCAGCUCAGAGUCCUGCGUGGCAUUCCUAUUUGUUGUUUUUGUUCUACGUGGAAUUUUAGCGGCUAACAUUUCAAAGCAAAACAAAGCUUUAUUCAGGUGAGUGACAAGAUGAUGCCUGAAGUCUGGGGAUUUCUGUGUUUGAUUGUACAAUACUGACAUCCUUCUGCCAUUUGGAGCUGCUAAUUUUUGAAAAGAGAAGCUUGAAAAAUGAGAUAUUUAACUCUGUGUUGAGAUGUUUAUAUGAAAACUUGGAUUAAAGCAUCAGGGAAUUAUAGAAAAACUGUUUAGGGAAGCAGGUGAGAACGAAGCAAAGUCAUUUUACUGUAAUUAAGAUUUUAAUCAAGCUCCUAAAACCAAGAGGAAGAGAAUCAAAUGGGUUCACCAGUCUUGGGCGAAGUUUGUGCACUCAUUUUAUUUUGUAGUUUUAAAAUUAAAUGGCUGAUGAACAUCCUACCAAAGUGCUCGUUUUGUUUUUUUUUCUUAAUCCAAGUGCUUCUGAAAAACCUUUUCUUGAAGAUUGUUGGAUUUCAUCUUCAAAGGUCACUGUAAAGUCACAUCAUGUGCGUUUUGUCUUAAACCAUUAUGAGGGAAUUUGAUUCAUCUUAAAAAUGCAGAAUAAGCUGGAUGUCUGAGCUUUAUUUUUGUUGACCUGUUACACUUUCUAUCCAGCAUCCUGUUUUGUUUUGAUACGAGGAAAUCUGUUUUAUUCUUUCAGAGCAAUCUGUUGACUAAAGUCGGAUUACAGUGUUGUGGGAAAAGCUGUUUUAUGUAUGAUUUCUAGGUACAUUAAAGUUUUAAAGAACUAAAUAAAUGUUAAAACGCGUAAUCAGAGUGAACAGGUUCAUAAUGUCACGUGUCCUGUUUUUCCGCUCACAAAUAAACUAAUU